AUGAUGCGACGAAGUCUAACCAGAAGCCUAACCAGAAGUCCAACUCCGAUUAAAUAUGAUUAUGAUAUUUAUAAGAAGCGAAGUCCAACUUUUGGUAGGCGAUGUCCAGUUUUAAAUCGUCGACCUCGAAAUUCUGUUAAAAAUGAGAUUAAUAGUCGAUCUAAGUCAACAGUGGUAACAUCAACUUCACCAGUAACAACAAUGACACCAACAACUACAUCAACAUCUACCACAACAACAUCCACAACAUCUAGACAAGAUCAACAACAAUCUAUUAUUUCUUGCAGUCAAUCAACAAGAAAUAAUCAUGAUACUAAUAAAUUGGUUUCUUCUCGACUCUCUAGUAGUAUUAAUGCUUCUGGAUCAUCUUGUAAAAGUGCUACAAGUCGUUCGAUAAGUUGUUGGGAUAAUCCAUCUUAUUUUCAGCAUGAUGAUAGAGAAUCUCAAUCCACCGGUGGUAAAAAUGGUGGUACUGGAGGUGGUAAAAAGAUGUCCAGGAAAAGGAAACCAAGACAAUCUCCAUUUAGAUGGCAACAUGAUCUUUUUGAAGAUGAUAAAUCUCCCUUGGAAAAGGUUGAAUCCAGAACAAGUCAGAGGAGGAAAGAAGCCAAAAUGAGUAAAAAGUGUUCAGCUGAUUAA